AACAACAAGAGGUAGGCUCGCGUUCCUGGAGACCCUGGUGGCUUUACCUGUGAGUGCUCACAUGGGGGGAGAAGAAGCAUGUCUGCACCUGCGGGAUGGAAGGUGAACGAUGGCUCCAAGGGUGCUGGGAUAUGAUGCAGUUCAUACAGUGGUCGUUUUCAGAGACCUAGAUCUUGAGAAAAUAGUGCCAAGUAGAUGUAAAAACAAUUUGAUAUGUGCACUAGGGAAAGACCAUGUAAAACGUCCACAUUAGUAAUGAAAAUGGUAGUGGAUGUGAGCAAAUGGGAGCAAGAAUUUGUACAGUAAAAGAAUUACGGGUGUGUUUUCUUCUCAAAUUUCUCUUUCACAAAAAGUCAGCAUUUGCUAAAAUAUAAGACAUGAAAGGAGUUCAGGUCAGGGGAUCCCUGCUGAGCUGGAACGGCCUUGGGGACUGGGGACCGCAGAGGGAAGCCGGACACAGGUGAGGUAGGCAGGCCGGUCUGAGUAGAGGAGCGGAGGUGGGGAGGAGCCAGCCCCUAGGAUCCUCCUAUCAGGGCUUACCAUAAUUAAAGGAUCAAAGAUCAAUGUUGUUAACAUUCUCCCAAAAUGAUGAUGGAGAAGUAAUUACUGAGAUUUUUUUAAGGUAAUGGAAAACAGUAUGUGCAUGUAAAUAUUUUUGCCUUUUAAUCAGUUGUGAUUAGAAGAGCCAACGCUUUGAGCUACUGUCUGGUGCAUCUUGCCCUUCUUCCAGUUCCUGGCCAUUACUUAGCUGGGGACUGGAUGGGAAGAAACACAUCGUCCCACUGGCUCAUUUUAGGACUCACUAAACAAGCAUAGCAGACGCCCAUUACUGCUUUUUGGCAUUUGGGGGAUUUUGAGAUGUAUGUACGGCUAACGAUGGAAUCAGCGCAGGUCAGAGCAGAUGUUAAUGGAGUUCAUACCACAUGGUCGGUAGAAGGGCCUGUCUCCCUGCCUGGUCAUGUGUGGUGUUAUUUAGAGCAAGGCUGGAACCGCACAAGGAAAUAGCAGCCCCUGGCAGGAGGCAUCUGAGUGACUGAUGCACAGGGGUCCCCAGGUCUCGGUGGGUCCUGGAAGGGAGGGUUGACCAAGGUAGCAGGAGGGAAUAGACACAUCUGGCUGCCAGCGCCGCUGCGCCGCGCGCUCAUUGGCUGUGAGGUCCGUCAGUCGGAGGCGGGCCUGCGCCGCGGCGCCUCGCGCUCAUUGGUAGCAAGGGCCGUCAGUCGGGGGCGGGCAGUCAUUGGGCGCAGGGGCGUAAGUCCUGCGGCUGCGUAGUAGCUGUAGGCUCCGCUACCACCGUAUUCAAGUCAGUAGCGUCUCGAGCGCCGCGGGCGAGGCAGCUUCGGCUGCUCUCUCCGUGCUUCGGUCCGCUGGCCCCGGGCAGGAGCGGCCCCUGCGAAGACCAGAUGUUGAUGGACCCGCGCCGCUGCUCGGCUGCGCCAUCCUCCCGGCGCGCAUGCGGGGGCGGCACCGACCUCGUGCCCGGCCUCGGAUCGCCGCCUCGCGCCCGCUGGGCUCCCGGUGCCGCAUUCGCCUUUCUCGGGUCUCCCGCAGCGGGCGGAGGGCUGCGAUCGACCCGGACUUGGAGCCGCUGCCCCGGUCGGACUUCAGAGAGCUCGGCCGAGAAGCGGCUCCCGCUGUCGCAUUUCUGCAGUGGAGGUUCCAGAGCGGGCCCUACUUCAGGGGUGAAGGCGACAGCGACAGCCCUGCGGGCUGGAAGCUGCGCCAUCACCUGCUGCAGAGAAGGAAGCUUCCUGCCUGGUCCCGCCCGCCGCUCGCCAGUGCCUCCCACUCAUACCGUCCCCGCCGGCCAAGGCCUCCUCCCGCUGAUGUCGCCGUCGCUCGCCAAAGCCCUGCACCGCCGGCCGGAGCCCUCCAACAGCGGCUGCCUACCGCCGGCUCCAGGGCCCCACCUUGCCAGGGUCCCUGUGCCCUUCUCACGCAGGCCUGGCCUCGCAGCGGCAGCUCACCGCAAAGCCACUGGCCUCCAUCGCCGCUUCUCUCCACCAAAGCGCAGCCACCGUCCUGGAGCCCGCCCCUCUCCUGCCCUGCCCGCCGGUGCCUCCCGCUGACACCCGCCCUAGACGCCUGCCGCUACCACCAUCCUCCAAUGCCUUCUUCCGCUGAUGCCGAUGUUGCUGCCUUCACCAGCGCUCAUGGCCCUCCACUGCGAGAUCCCUCAGACUCGUACCACCGCCAGCAGGGGCCCCCCUGCCAGGGACCCGGUUCCCUGGUUCCCUUGCAGGCCUCGCCGCCUUGCAGCAACCUCAGUUCAUAGUAAGUAGCCACCCCCAUGUUGGCUUUUCUAUCAGGGAGUUUGGGGGUGUUGCAUGGUCCUUGGGAGGAAAGUGGAAAGCUGUGGGUGGGCAUUGGAAAGCAAUGGGCAGCGCAUGCACCUACCCAGCCAGGAAGGUGACUGGGUCUCAGCCAGGAGCUCCCCAGGCCUGCCAGCUUCUCUGACUUCGGGUAAUGGUUCAGAUGUCUGGUCCGUGGGUACGUGGGCAUGGCUGCUGCGAGGGUGCAUCCGCGGGGUUCGGGGGGUCUCCUGUGCUCCCAAACGGGUAAGCGCGGGAGUAGGCCAGUAGACCAGGGAGUGUGUCAAGGUACCUGCGGCUGCGUGUUGGCGGCUUGGCCCACUGGUGAGUGUGUCGCUGUGGUGUCUGCUGCCCUCUGCGUGUGUGUGCGUGCGUGUGUGUGUGUGUGUCUGUGUGUGUGCGCGGUAGCUCUUGCACGUGUGGUGUGUGUGAGAGCACUGUGCGGCCUGGGACAGUGUUUGUGUCUCUGGGUGCCUGUGCACUAGGAGAGCUUGAGGAAGGCAGCUGGUUUUCCAUAACUGCCUAGCAGAGAAGUCAGGUGGGGAGACUGGGGCGGGCUGCUGGGGAGAUUGGCCUCAGCAGGGAGGCCCCUGGAGCAUGCAUAGUCAUAGGUGAGAGCAUCCUUCCCCACCCCCUUCCAC